AUGGAGCCGCUGGACGUCAACUGGAUGGACGAGCUUCUGCGGGACUUCUCCGGCGACGUCAUCCUGCCGGCGCCGCGGAGCAGCAGCAGCCGCCGCCACCACCACCGAGGGGCCGGAGCCGGCGCGGCACCGCCGUCGCAGGAGGAGCGCCGCCGGCAGAGCCCGCCGGCGUGGAGCGCCCCCAUCGUCCACCCGUCCCUCCUCGACGGCCCCGCCACCGACCCAUCUCCCGUUGAGUACCUCCGCCGGCGGCGAGGAGAGAGCAUUUACUCGGGCAAUUUUAUUCUUCAUUUUGCUGAAAAGAUUUUGGGGGCGCGGGCCAUGGCAGGGGUUCGUGGAGGAGGAGCUGGAGUGGCUGUCGAACAAAGAGGCCUUUCCGAGCCUGGAGACCUUCGACGUCUACGCCUACCGUAAACCCUCUUCGCCGGCGCCGCCGCCGUCGCUGGCGGCGGCGGAGGGCGGCUCCAAGCGGCCCAGUCCGGUCUCCGUCCUGGCGAAGGGGUUCCUGCCGGCAGCCUCGCCGUUCCUCCAGCGGACGCCGCGCCGGGCGAGGAGCCAGGGGCAGCAGCGGCGGCGGCGGGUGCUGCCGGUGUUUCCGUCCUCGCGCUCGUCGCCGGGCGAGGAAAAGCGGCGGUGCUGGCACUGCGGCGCGGGGGAGACGCCGCAGUGGCGGGCGGGGCCGCACGGGCCGAAGACGCUCUGCAACGCCUGCGGGGUGCGCUACAAAUCCGGCCGCCUCGUGCCGGAGUACCGCCCGGCCAGCAGCCCCACCUUCUCCAGCGCCCUCCACUCCAACUCCCACCGGAAAAUCAUGGAGAUGCGCCGGAGGAAGGAGGGCCAAGCCCACUCCGCCGCCGGUGGCGGCGGCGCCGCCCCCACGACGGCUAACAAGAAGAAGAAAAAGAAGAGGAAGAGGAAGGGCCUUCGCCUCCUCUAG